AUGCAUAUCUAUAGAGAUAAGAAACUCCAGCUUAGAGUGGUGACAUCGGCAGAAGUUUCUCUCGCGGAGUCAGCAGAAUUAUUAGAACAUUCAAACUUGCUCGAGUCUAUCAAGUCUGGGGAUGUUUGGACCUCCUCAAAAUCUAACUUGGAGUUGAAGAUUUCUGUUCGGAUUGAAAACAGUUUGCACGGAAUUAGAAGCUCCCCUGACUGGAUAUUGGAAGAGAUAAAAAUCUCUUUAAUUAAAUCACAGCUUUGGCACACCCUUCAAUUUUCUAGAUUAUCACAGGAAGGGGAAACACUAACUUCUCAAGAUGGAUUUUGUCAACUAAAUCUUGUCUUUGAGUUUCAGAAGAAAAUGGUGCACAUUCCGUCGCCUAAACCACCACGAAUGCCAUACAGUCUAGAAAUACAUUCUGCAGCUAUCGAACCCCCUCCAGGAGUGACUCGACUUUGUCUUCAGGAAAUUGCGAUCGCAUUCAAUUUUUCAUCAAUAUCUAUGAGCAAUGGCCACGAUGACGGGUUGGGAAACGUGUCCAGAUCCAGUAGUUUUGAAGAUUUGACUUUCAUAUCACCCCCACCGUGUGGUUUCCUGGUAGACACUGUCCGGGAGGACCCAACGGUGGAUGAUAUCUACUCUUCUAUUGAUGGAUCUCAAACAACAGCCCGCACCGACGAGGACUGGAUGUCUCUGGAUUACGAUUCUCCGUUUUCAAGCCAGCAAACCUCUUCUUCUAUCCAUUGUACAGUCGUAACUCACCAACACACAAAACCUCACCAUACCUGCAAGUCUACAAGUCAACUAUUUAUGACAUUACUUGAUACUGGGUUCCGCACCUUGUUAUGUCAAACCCCUCCACGAAUUCCAUCUAAUAUUACGACGGUUGUUGAAAAAAUCGGACCAAGUUUAGCAGAUUUUGCACCUACUAUCUUUAAUCCCGGAUAUGAUGCCAGUGUAUUCCAACGAGCACGUUUCAUUCCCAUGAUAUCCAAAGGCAUAGCCGCAAUGCUUGACCAUGCUUCUCCCGCUGGAGGAAUCCAACUAAAGCACCCUAUACUCAAUCCUGUUGACAUAGGCAAAGCUUGUGAUCCUGAAAGUAAAGGUAAAGGCGCUCCAAAUCCGACAAGCAACAGACCUAUCCUUAAAUCCCUUCUCUGGAAAUCAAUGCAGCGUCGCCUUCUCAACCCCGAGGCAGUCCGUAAACUACCUAGUAUUACAGCGCCAGAUGAUGUUAUUUCGCACCCCCAAAGUUAUGGCGAUGAAUUUUCUUCAUUACCCCCAACACCUGUAUGUGGCAACGUCUCGGAAUUUGCUUUUCAAUCCUCCUUGCGGGAAACAGCCAAAAGCACCAUACCCGCAAUGACUUCAGUUUCAACAAACCUAGAUUUAACAAAUCCUUCCAACGCUGCCCACAUCUCGGAUACAGAGUGGUGCUUCUCGGAAAAUAGCGAUGGCGGUGACGUUACACUCCUCACCGACCAAGGCAAUGACGACCAUAUCGAUAGUGAUGAUUAUUUCACCGACCCAUUCCAAAUCCAUGCUUUGCACAUCACCAUACCCGACACCAGCCUCACCAGCGACGAUCGCCAUCAUGACCUCCUUGACAACAACGCUAACACCAGAAACUAUGAGCCUCAAUCUUACCACCACUCCGUUCUCGAAGACGACCUUAUCAUGCAGGAGGUGCCCAACACGACUUCAUGCCAACACCCCCUUUCCAACCCACAUACAGCAUCCCUUAAAAAUUCAGACCCAACCCCACCAUCGCCAUCCAACAGCGGCAUGGAAAUCCUCGACCCGUCCUCCCAGAUCUUGAUAUCAGGGGAAUUCAUGCUCCCUCCCGCAACCUAUACUUUUAAUACGAACGAAGAUGGCGAAUACUGCGAUUCUGAGAUGCUGUUGCUGUGA